AUGACUUCGCCAACAGCAUCAACGAUUGUUGGAACGCCAACACCAAACCUGCCUACUGGCGGUGGAAAGGAGCCAAUAAGUAGACGAUCAUCAAGCUCCAAUAACUCUCAUGUCGAACCUCAUUUCGGAGCUGCCGAAGUUGUCCGAGACAUCAUCAUCGGACUUUCUGAUGGGCUCACAGUGCCGUUCGCUUUGGCUGCUGGUUUGUCUUCUCUCAACAAUACCCAUCUCGUUGUUACUGCUGGAUUUGCUGAAAUCGUUGCUGGCUCCAUCUCUAUGGGAUUGGGAGGUUUCCUCGCCGGAAGGACAGAGAUUGAUCAUUACAAUUCAGAACGAGCUCGUGAAGUUCGUGAAGUCGAAACUGUGCCUGAGCGAGAAGAAGAAGAGAUUUACGAAAUCUUUGAACCUUACGGAGUCACGAAAACAUCCUUGCAACCCAUGAUGUAUAUGCUCAAACAAGACAAGGAACGAUGGGUUGACUUCAUGAUGAAGUUUGAACUGGCACUUGAAAAGCCAGAUAUCAGUCGAUCAUAUAUCGCUGCUCUCACUAUUGGAGUUUCCUACUUUAUUGGUGGUCUGGUCCCACUCUUCCCAUAUAUCUUCAUGUCAUCUACUACUGAAGCCCUGUAUGUUUCCAUGGCUGUCACGAUUGCCGCAUUGUUCAUAUUCGGAUAUGUGAAAUCUCGAAUUCUUGGUGUGCCUGCUUUCAUGGGCGCUAUUCAAAUGGCCGUUAUCGGAGCGUGUGCUGCUGGUGCCGCUUUUGGUAUUGCAAGGGCCAUACCUAAUACGCAGUAG